UUUCAAUUGAUUGAGGGUGAUCGGACCGACCCAUAGGUCCAUACCUAAGACCACGAACCAGAUUUUAAUCAGCCCAUCAAACCCGAGCACAGGGCUCACCAAUAACCCGGAUUUCGCAAUUGGUUUCCCCAUUGCUCUUUGCUGCAACCCAUUUACGCUAAUUGUCAGUACGACCUUGGUCAGAAACCCCCCGUAGAUAGGGGAGGCAGAAAAAAAAAUUGUACCGGAAAGUAUUUGGAAAGAACCUUAUCCAAGUCGUCUCGACGUGCCACGACACACGCAACGCCGAGAGCUACCCAAAAUAGGCCGCCACCAAAAAAGCAACCGCUCGUUAAACCUCUAAAGCGCAACAACCAACCGCUUGCCGCAAACCAAACAAACACCCCCCUUUUCUCUGAAUUGAUCCUCCCCUCCUCUUCGAUCUCGCCCUCUUCGUCCACAACGAGAACCUCCCUCACCCAUCCACCAUGUCGACCAACGCAUCGGGCGGCCUGACCCGCCGAAGAGGUGGCGGAGGCGGAGGCGGAGGCGGCGGCGCGGGGGCCGGCAGCGAUGAGGGCAGCAGCAGCAACGUUGGCGCCAUUGGCCGAUCCGACUCGUCGAGCAACUUCCAAAAAGACAGCAGCAGCAGCGCGCCCGAGACGAGCUACGAAAAGGGCGAGAACGGCCACAAGAUCGCCUUUGACCCGCGCGACAUCAGCGAGAGCGCCGAGCGCAGCAAGCAGCCCAAGCUGACGCUCAUGGAGGAGGUGCUGCUGCUCGGCCUCAAGGACAAGCAGGGCUACCUGUCUUUCUGGAACGACAACAUCUCAUAUGCCCUGCGCGGCUGCAUAGUCAUCGAGCUGGCCUUCCGCGGCCGCAUCAGCAUGCAAAAGGACCCCUCCAGGCGGCGGUUCCCCUUGGCCGAUCGCUUGGUUGAGGUCAUCGACGAUUCAUUGACCGGAGAGGUACUGCUGGACGAGGCCUUGAAGCUGAUGAAGUCGAGUGAAAAGAUGAGCGUCAGUUCAUGGAUCGACCUGCUGAGCGGCGAGACCUGGAACUUGAUGAAGAUCGGCUACCAGCUCAAGCAGGUGCGCGAGCGUCUCGCCAAGGGCCUGGUGGACAAGGGCAUCCUGCGCACCGAGAAGCGCAACUUCCUCCUCUUCGAUAUGGCCACGCACCCCGUGGUGGACAGCGGCGCCAAGGAGGAGAUACGCCGGCGCGUGCGCAACGUGUUGACCCAGCGCACCGUCGUCCUCCCCGGCUCCCAGUUCCUCCCCGAGAACCUCGAGUUCCGCUACAGCCGCACCAUCGCCCUCGUGUGCGCCGCCUACGCCGCCAACGUUCUCGAGAACGCCCUCAGCACCCUCGGCCACGAAGCCCGCGAGCGCGCCUUUGCCCAGACCGACGAGCUGCUCGCCGAGUACAGCCAGUGGCCGUUUGGGAAGAAGGCCACGGCGCACGGCAUCGGUGCCAACCUGCCCCAGGUUAUCAGUGAUGAAAUUGCAAAGGGCAAAGAUAAAGAACUCCAACUCGAAGUCGUCGCAGCAUGCUUGAGCGUUUUCACCCGACUCGACUCACUGUUAUAAACAGGGCCUGCCAUACUCAAACCUCGUCUACCUAGACGCGAAAAGGGGGGGGAAAAAUUCACAAACACAUACCCACCCAAUUUUACGAAACUCUUCCGCUCGCUCACGACCUCCUGCGAGACCACCACCAGUGAAUUGGCACUUCGACGUUUCACGCUUCAAAAAAAAAACCCCCACAGCCUGCUUUUGCAAGAAACGGAGAAGGAAAAAGCUUGCCCAACAUUAGACUUUUUGGCUUCAAAUUUCCAUGCUUAAAAAUCCCGUCUCCUGGACUGGACUCUGGCUUGGGCAAAAUAGGGAAUGGGGUUGAGGGACAAAAUGAACAAGCCGAAACCAGGUGCCCACGACAGAAAAAAAGAAACGAUGAAUCGGCGGACGGUGGUCGAUUGUUGCCGCAUUUCUGAUGGAUUUUUUUUUUCUCGACUUGCCAAGCACAACAAUUGCCGCUUGGGAGUAGAAUGUCAUUUUUCCUACGUACGGAAGAAAAAGGAGGGAUUUUUUCUGUACUGUUUUCUCUUUUUCUUUUCAUCUUUCUUUUUUUAUCAUGAUUCAAUUAGUUGGUUACUUUUGAUAAUUAACCAGGGCAAAUGCGGACAAUAGUUUUAAAGAAUAAGUCAAGCGUUCGGUUCCUG